GCUGCAGGCAGAGGAAGGUUCUCGCUGCCUGCGCUCUCGCUUACCGCAUCCCUCUCUCUGCCCGUGUGACCUGGAGCGAGCGUCCAGCACCAGAGCUGGUCAUUUCUGAGAAACACGGGCAGGGAUCGCCCUUGUCAGUCAUCCUCGUGCCAGGCAGGUGUUGAAUAAGCACAUAUCAUUAUACAAGCAUGGAUGAAGAGCCUGAGAGAACUAAGCGGUGGGAAGGAGGCUACGAGAGAACCUGGGAAAUUCUUAAAGAAGAUGAAAGUGGAUCACUUAAAGCCACGAUAGAAGACAUUCUCUUCAAGGCGAAGAGGAAAAGAGUGUUUGAGCACCAUGGACAGGUCCGACUUGGAAUGAUGCGCCACCUGUAUGUGGUAGUAGAUGGCUCCAGAACAAUGGAGGACCAAGAUUUAAAGCCCAGUAGGCUGACUUGCACUUUAAAGUUGUUGGAAUACUUUGUAGAAGAAUAUUUUGAUCAAAAUCCUAUUAGUCAGAUUGGAAUACUUAUAACUAAGAGUAAAAGAGCUGAAAAACUGACCGAACUCUCAGGAAACCCAAGGAAACACAUAGCAUCUUUGAAGAAAGCUGUUGAUAUGACCUGCAGUGGAGAACCGUCUCUCUAUAAUUCCUUAAGCAUGGCUAUGCAAACCCUGAAACAUAUGCCUGGACAUACAAGUAGAGAAGUACUAAUCAUCUUUGGUAGCCUGACAACCUGUGAUCCGUCUAAUAUUUAUGAUCUCAUCAAGACCCUGAAGGCAGCUAAAAUCAGAGUGUCUGUUAUUGGAUUGUCUGCCGAGGUUCGAGUUUGCACUGUACUUGCUCGUGAAACUGGUGGCACAUACCAUGUUAUUUUAGAUGAAACCCAUUACAAAGAGUUGUUAACACAUCAUGUUAGCCCUCCUCCUGCCAGCUCCAGCUCCGAGUGCUCACUCAUUCGUAUGGGAUUUCCUCAGCAUACCAUUGCUUCUUUGUCUGAUCAGGAUGCAAAACCAUCCUUCAGCAUGGCGCAUUUGGAUAAUAGCACUGAGCCAGGACUUACGUUGGGAGGCUAUUUCUGCCCACAGUGUCGAGCAAAGUACUGUGAGCUUCCUGUUGAGUGUAAAAUAUGUGGUCUUACUUUGGUGUCUGCUCCUCACUUGGCACGAUCUUACCAUCAUUUAUUUCCUUUGGAUGCUUUUCAAGAAAUUUCCCUAGAAGAAUAUAAUGGAGAAAGGUUUUGUUAUGGAUGUCAGGGGGAAUUGAAAGACCAACAUGUCUAUGUUUGCACAGUGUGCCAAAACGUUUUCUGUGUGGAUUGUGAUGUUUUUGUUCAUGACUCUCUCCACUGUUGUCCUGGCUGUAUUCAUAAGAUUCCAACUCCUGCAGGUAUUUGAUUCCUACAUGUAAGACACACACUGAGUGGGUUAAGAAAGCCUGUAACUUAAAUAAAAUGAUUCUUUGAAUAAAUCGAUUCUCUAAUUAAAACAUGAAAACACUUUGAAAGAAGAAUCUGACUUAAGAAACUUUUUGUUAUGAAAGAAUAUUUUUAUUUAUAUUCUAUCAGAAAUAUGCAUAUAAAUUCAAUUAAUUUUGUUUUAUUUUGAGUCGUAUUUUCAGUUUUAACUCAGUAUUAUAUAUAAAUUACUUACAGUGAUUAAAUUAAUGUCAUAGUCUCAAUUUUUUGUUUUUAGAUUUUUAUUUAAAUGUUUGUGUGAGUGUAUACAUGAGUUUAUAUUCAUCAUAACGGUGUAGAUGCCCACAGGAGUUAGAAGAGGGGUCAGAUCUCCCGGAACUGGAGUUAAAAGACAUCUGUAAACUGCCCAGUGUGGGUACUGGGAACCGAACCCAGGUCCUGUGAAAGAGUAGCAAGUGCUUUAAUCACUGAGCCAUCUCUCCAGCUCUAGAGUAUGUUAAGUAAAAAAAAGCAUGCACAUAUAUACACACACAGACACAGACACACAGACACACACACACGUGUUCAGAGUCAUACCAAAUGUACCAAGGUAAUUGAUGUUUCUCUCAGGAUUCAUAUUUAUUGAGUCUAAACUCAGAUUCUUUUUUAAAAAAUUAUUUUGUUUUAUGUAUGUUGGAUUUUGCCUGCAUGUAUGUCUGUGUGAGGGUAUAAGAAGCCCUGGAACUGGAGUUACAGACAGAUGUGAACUACCAUGUGGGUGCUGGGAAUUUGUGGUGAUUUGAAAGAAAAUGGCCCCCAAAGGGAGUGGCACUAUUAGGAGGUGUGGCCUUGUUUGAGUAGGUGUGGCCUUCUUAGAGGAAGCAUAUCACUGUGGAGGUGGGCUUUGAGGCCUCAUAUAUGCUUGAGUCAUAGCCAGUGAGAUAGUUCACUUCCUGUUGCCUUUGGAUCAAGAUGUAAGGACUCUGAGCUCCAGCACAAUGUCUGCCUGUGUACUGCCACCCCCCCCCCAUGAUGGUAAUGUACUAAACCUCUGAACUGUAAGCCAGCCCCAGUUAAAUGUUUUCUUUAUAAGUGUUGCCUUGGUCAUGGUGUCUCUUUGAAUUGAACCCUGGUCCUCUCAAAGAACAUUUUGCUCUACUGAUUGUUUUAUGUGGAACCAAUUUCUGUUACAGGUAACCUGGUAACUCUCUUUUUUCCUUGUCAACAGAGCUGUUAGCUACUUGUAAGACAUGUCUCUAGCACUGUCAGGGUAUUCUCUAUCCCCUAUUCCAUACUUAGAAAGGCCUUGAAUGUCUCCUCUUGAAGUCACCAGAACCAGCCUCCGUAAACCCAGCACUUGGGAGGUAGAGGCAGGUGGAUCUCUCUGAGUUCAAGGCCAGCUACAGAGUGAGCUCCAGGACAGCCAGGGCUAUUACGUAGCUAAACCUAUCUUGAAAAACAAAACAAAGCAAACAACAACAGCAACAAAAAAACUCAAUGAAAGAACGAAAGAAAGAAAGAAAGGAAGAAAGAACGAAAGGAACGAAGGAAGGAAGGAAGGAAGAAAGGAAGAAUAAUCACCAGACUGUUUUAGAGACUGGCAGCUAGUUUUUGUUCUAUUUCAUUUAGGUCUUUUUUUUUUUUUUAAUUUUAAUUCUUCUCUCAUACAUUACAUCCCGACAGCAGUUUCCUCUCCCUCUACUCUUCCCAGUUCCUCUCCUCUCCCCCAGAUCCACUCCUUCUUGGUUUCUCUUCAGAAAAGAACAGGCCUCCCAGGGAUAUCUACUGAACACAGCAUAACAAGUUACAAUAAGACUAGGCACAAACCCUCAUAUCAAGGCUGAAUGAGGCAACCAAUAUAGGAGGAAAAAGGUCCCCAGAGCUGGUGAAAGAGUCGGAGACAACCCCACUCCCACUUUGAGGAGUCCCACAAAAGCGCUGAGAUGCACAGCCAGAACGUUUAUGCAGAGGACCUAGGCAGACCCAUCAGGCUCCAUAGCUGUUGCUUUAGUCUCUGUGAACCCCUUUGGGUUCUGCUUAGUUGAUUCUGUGGACCAUGUUCUAAUAUGUCCUAGAUCCUUCUGGCUCGCACUUCCUUCUCCUCUUCCAUGGGGUUCCCUGAACUCCACCUAAAGUUUGUCUGUGGGUCUGCAUCUCCUCCCUUCAGUUGCUGGGUGCAGCCUCUCUGAUGACACUUGGGCUGGGCACUGAUCUAAGAGGAUAGAAUAUCAUUAGGAAUCAUUUCGUUGACUUGUUUGGUUUUUUGUUUGUUUGUUUUUGUUUUUGGCCGGUUGUGUUUGGUUCUGUCUAGGUCUCUGGGCUGUCCAGCCUCCAGAUUCUGGCUAUCCAGCCAGUGCUAGACAUGGGCUCCCUCUCAUGGCAUGGGCUUCUAGUUUUUUU